CGCCCGGCCUCUUCCGCCACAAGUGCGGCCCGCGUUCCCGCCCCGUCCCGUGAAUGGUCGGCCGGCCUCACGUCUAAAAAGCGUUUAGGUGCCUGCGACCGAGCCUCCGGAGAAAGGCAAGCACGUCUCAGCCAAUGAGGUGAUAGAAAUGCAAAGCAGCGACCAACGACUAGCUGGGAUGGGCUGGCCCGGCCGACGAAUCACGAGGUCUCGCACCCGGAUAUGGUUGCUGGGCUCGGAAAUCUAGCUCGGGAAAAGCGUGAGGAACUCUUCACGUGGGACAAGGACAGCAGGCGCGGAGGAGGGGGCGAGCGUGUGUGAGAUUCAGUGGCCCGUGCGUUUGUCGUGUAAGGGUCAUCCAGGGGGGAACAAAUCAAUGUGGCUGUUUUUCCGUGGAAAGAAUUGCCACUGCAGUGUCCCGGAGCCUGCGUGUGGUGGGCAAGCUCCUCAGAUGGUAUCUCACAGGGAGUAGGGGAGUCUUGAAAACGCAGCUCCGGCGGUAGGAACAUGAACCUCUUACCUAAAAGUUCCAAGGAGUUUGGCUCCGUUGACUACUGGGAGAAGUUCUUCCAGCAGCGAGGAAAGAAAGCUUUCGAGUGGUAUGGAACCUACCUGGAACUGUGCGGGGUGCUACACAAAUACAUCAAGCCCAGGGAAAAGGUGCUGGUGAUUGGGUGUGGCAACUCAGAACUGAGUGAGCAACUGUAUGAUGUGGGCUAUCGGGAUAUAGUGAACAUCGACAUCAGUGAGGUUGUCAUCAAGCAAAUGAAGGAAUGCAAUGCCACCCGACGGCCCCAGAUGAGCUUCUUGAAGAUGGACAUGACACAGAUGGAGUUUCCUGAUGCCUCGUUCCAGGUGGUGUUGGACAAGGGCACCCUGGAUGCUGUCCUGACAGAUGAGGAAGAGAAGACCCUGCAACAGGUGGACAGGAUGCUGGCUGAGGUUGGCCGUGUCCUGCAGGUGGGCGGUCGCUAUCUCUGCAUCUCCCUGGCUCAGGCUCACGUCCUGAAGAAAGCAGUGGGCCACUUCUCCCGGGAGGGGUGGAUGGUGAGGGUGCACCAAGUGGCCAACAGCCAGGACCAGGUGUUGGAAGCAGAGCCUCAGUUCUCCUUGCCUGUCUUUGCCUUCAUCAUGACCAAGUUCAGGCCAGUCCCUGGCUCUGCCCUUCAGAUCUUUGAGCUGUGUGCUCAGGAGCAGGGCAAGCCUGUGCGGCUGGAGAGUGCCGAGCGGUUGGCCGAGGCGGUGCGGGAACGGCAGCAGUAUGCCUGGCUGUGCAGCCAGCUGCGCCGCAAGGCCAAGCUGGGGAGUGUGUCUCUGGACUUGUGCGAUGGGGACACGGGGGAGCCACGCUACACCCUCCACGUGGUGGACAGCCCCACUGUGAAACCAUCGCGGGACAAUCAUUUUGCGAUUUUCAUCAUCCCCCAGGGCCGGGAGACUGAGUGGCUCUUUGGCAUGGAUGAGGGCAGGAAACAGCUGGCGGCCAGUGCUGGCUUCAGGAGGCUGAUUACAGUGGCCCUUCACCGAGGUCAGCAGUAUGAAAGCAUGGACCACAUCCAAGCUGAGCUGUCGGCUAGAGUCAUGGAGCUGGCCCCAGCUGGGAUGCCCGCCCAGCAGCAGGUGCCCUUUCUGUCUGUGGGUGGGGACAUUGGGGUCCGGACCGUUCAGCACCAAGACUGCAGUGCCUUGAGCGGUAACUAUGUCAUCGAGGAUGUGCAAGGGGAUGACAAGCGAUACUUCCGGCGACUGAUUUUCCUUAGCAACAGGAAUGUGGUGCAGUCAGAAGCCAGGUUGCUGAAGGAUGUGUCUUACAAAGCCCAGAAGAAGCGGAAAAAGGACAGGAAGAAGCAGCGGCCUGCUGAUGCGGAGGACCUCCCUGCAGCCCCGGGGCAGUCCAUUGAUAAGAGUUACCUGUGUUGUGAACACCACAAAGCCAUGAUCGCUGGCCUUGCCCUGCUGAGAAACCCAGAGCUACUCCUAGAGAUGCCACUGGCAUUGUUGGUGGUAGGCCUGGGCGGAGGCAGCCUCCCUCUCUUUGUCCACGAUCAUUUCCCAAAGUCCUGCAUCGAUGCUGUGGAGAUCGACCCCUCCAUGUUGGAAGUGGCCACGCAGUGGUUUGGCUUCUCCCAGAGUGACCGAAUGAAGGUCCACAUUGCAGACGGCCUGGACUAUAUCGCCAGCCUGGCAGGAGGAGGAGAAGCACGGCCUUGCUACGAUGUCAUAAUGUUUGAUGUUGACAGUAAGGACCCAACACUGGGAAUGAGUUGUCCACCCCCAGCAUUUGUGGAGCAAUCUUUUCUACAGAAUGUUAAAAGCAUCUUGACUCCUGAAGGUCAAUAAAGACAGACUUCUACUUGACCUAUUGUUCUCUUGCUUCACCUGGUAGCCUGUGCCCUCUGCUCUUCCACCGUCACCUGUUUUCCUUGCCACGCACAUGGAGACAGCACCAUUUUCUCCAAUGGUGGAAGCCUGUAUAAGGCAGAGAUCCUUUUACCCCUACAUCCCUGAUUUUAGAAGUAAUGGCAGGAAAUACAGCAAUGGAAUAAUGCUAGUAAGACGUGAAGCUAGCGGCACAUAAGAAGAAAAAAUAUGUAACAACGUACCUCUGGGCCUGAGCUGGCAUGUCUUCAAGUUUUCUGCCAAGAUGUAAGUCAUUUUUAUCAUAGUAGUAAAUUGGUAGAUAAAUGCUAGUAGAAGUAAAAUUUGAUUGAAAUAAUGGAUUUUUUUUUUUGGAAACCUACCUGUAGUGGGUUGAAUAGUGGCUCUAAAAAGAAAUAUCCAAGCGUUAAACCCCAGAACCUAUAAAUGUGAGCUUAUUUGGAAAAAGGGCCUUUGCAGAUGUAAUUAAGUUAACAAUCUCAAGCUGAGAUUAUGUUGGAUUAGCGUGGACCUUAAAUCCAAUGAUAAGGACUUAGAAUGGAAGGGGAAACGAGACAAGGGAGACACAGGAGAAGGACAUACGAAGACAGAGGUAGACUGGGGAGACAUCCCCGCAAGCCAAAGAAUGACAGGGAUUGCUAGCAGCUACCAGAAGCUAGGAAAGAGGCAAGGAAUGAUUCUCAGAGCCUCCAGAGGGACCCACCUGCUGACACUUUGCAGACUUCUGGCCUUUACAGUUGUGAGAGAAUAAAUGUCAAUUGGCUUAAGCCAUCAAGUUUGUGGUAAUUUGUUUCAGCAGCCUUGGGGAAUGAAUAUAUAGCCUAAAAGGGCUUUGUGCCACCCCACAGAACCAUUAAUGCUAGUCUCAUUAAUGACUGCUGGUUUAGCUCUGAAAUGCAAACAUCAGCAGUCACUUGGUAAAUGGAAUAUAUUCCCCUCCCACCUUCACACUAGCCCACACCUUAGCUCCUUGCCCUUUGAGUGAAUGGCAGUGGUAUGAGGAGUUUGGCCUCCCAAAGUGCAUGGGCUCCGGGCCACAUGCUACCCCAGAUAUGUUUAGCCUUCACCAGACAUUUUAAAUAAAAUCAAUAGAUUAGAAAAUCAUUUUAUACAAAAUCUUUAAAAUUUCUGGAUUCUUUUGAGAAUUUAGAAGUUCCUGUGAUGACAGGCCCAUGUUCAUGCUUGGCUGGAACUGGCAGGCAUCUGUGCCUUGUGGAUGGGUGGUGUUUACCAUAGUCCUCACUGCUUUCUGUGUCUUUCCUGCAUUUAUGUUACAUGCCUGGUCCUGCAGGCAUUUUAGUUUGUAGCUCCUUCAAAUGUGGCAGGAUAGGUAGGCUGGGAGACACAAUCCCUUCUUUAGAAUAUGGGGAAAGGAGUCCCUGGUUUUGUAGGCAGUAGUUCUGGGUGUUUUUUUGUUAUAUAGCAGCACAGCUUAGAAGGUGGUUUCAAAAUCUGGUUGCACAACAAAACCAUCUGGGGUCCAUUUCCUAUGUACUGAUUCUGGACCAUAUAUCCCAGACCUACUAUGUCAGAAUCUUGGGGGUG